AUGAAGAGAAAAUCAGUUCAUAUAAGAAGGAAUAUUAUAAAAGCUCAGAAUACGUUGGAAAAAUUUGGUAUUUUCAAAAAGGUGAAUAUAUUAAAGAAAAGUAGAGAUGCUGAAAAGGAUAAUGAAAAAGAAAAUGAGAAUGUGAAAAAUAUUGACAAGAAUCAUAUAAAAGAAAAUGAAAUGAUUUUUAUAAAAAAAGAAAAAUGUGACGAUGAAGAAAUGGAAUGCAUCAAAGAAAAAAGAAAUUUAUAUUAUGCUAAUGAAAAGGAUGUAAUAAGAAUAAAAAGAGAAAGAUGUCAUGAUAAAGAAGAAAAUGAAAAAAGAAAUGAUAAUAUUAUAAAAACGGAACAUGAAUUAGAAAAUGAUAUAUUAUCAUCUUCAUCUAUUAAUAUAAAAAUGGAAAUUGGGAAAAUAGAAAAUAAUGAAUGUAUAAAUGAACAAGAAAAAAAAAAAAAAAAUGAUAAUAAAAAUAAAGAGAUAAAUAAAAGUAAUAAUAAUAAUUUACCUUUACAUAAAAUAUAUGAACCAAUAUAUAAAGAAGAUUUUAUUAGUGAAAUUAGAAGUAAAAAGAAUCCAUUAAUAACAAAAAUAUUAGACGAAGAUUUAAAUUUUAAUUUAAUUUUAUGUGGACCUCCAGGUUCAGGAAAAUCAUCAUUAGUUAAUGUUAUUAGAAAUAAAACAAAUAAUUGUUUUAUAUCAUUAUUUCAUUUAAAUAAUUUAAAUAAUGAAUUAAGAAAAGUAUAUGAUAAGUCAGUUAUAAAUUAUAAAAUAUCAAAAAAAAAAUCUAUUUUAUGUAUAAAAGAUAUAAAUAGAUUAAAUAAAAGUCAACAAGAAAAUUUAUUAUUAAUAUUAAAAAAGGGUUAUUUCUAUUUAUUAGCAACAUGUUUAUUUAAUCCUAUGAAUAUACUUAAUGCAUCAUUAAGUUCACGAUGUUUAUAUCUAUAUUUGAAUUCAUAUGAAAAAACAGAAUUAGAAUUAAUUAUUAAAAGGAUAACGGAUAAAUUGGAUAUACAAAUAGAGGAAGAUGCUUUAAAUUUAAUUAUGAAUCAUUCUUGUGGUGAUGCAAGGGUAGCAAUAAAUAUUAUAGAUUUUGCUGUUCAAAGAAUGGACAAACAAAAUCUGCUUAUACAACAAAAGAGUAUUGUAUCUCAAAACGUGGUAGGUAGUUUAGAAGAAGGAAAACAGGAUAAUAAUUCUGUUCAAUUUAUUAAGCAAAAGAAGUGUGAUACUUAUAAUGAUGAUAAUAAUAAUAAUAAUAUUAAAGAUAAUGAUGAUAAUAAUAAUAAUAUUAAAGAUAAUGAUGAUAAUAAUAAUAUUAUUAAAGAUAAUGAUGAUAAUAAUAAUAUUAUUAAAGAUAAUAAUGAUAAUAAUGAUAAUAAUAAUAAUAAUAAUAAUAAUAAUAAUAAUAGUAAAGGUAAUAAUGAUGAUGAUUAUAAUAAUAAUAAUAAUGAACAGCACCACAUAAAUUUCAAUUAUAGUAACGAUAAGCUAUGUGAGACAGAUCCAUUAUGUCAAAAUUCUAUUAAAAAGAAAGUUAUAAAACUUAAUCAUAUAAAAGAAAUUUUACAGAAUUUUCCAUCUAAUGAUAAUAAAUUAGAUCAUUACAAUUUUAUUUCAGGAUUACAUAAAAGUAUUAGAGCUGGGAAUGUCAAGGCAGCUAUUUUAUAUCUAAUGAAAUCAUUAAAAAAUGGAGAAGAUCCAAUAUAUAUAUGUAGAAGAUUAAUAAGAAUCGCAUCAGAAGAUAUAGGAUUAGCUAACCAUGAUGUCUUAUCUAUAUGUAUUAAUACACAUUAUGCAUGCAAAGCUAUAGGAAUGCCUGAAUGUCAAACAUCAUUAAUAUAUGCUGUUAUGGUUUUAUGUAAAUCUGCUAAAAGUAAUUAUAUAUAUCUCGUGGAAAAUACUGCAAAACAAAUAUGUAACGAAUAUAAUUUCGAUGUACCUUUUCAUUUAAGAAAUAGCUCAAAUAAAUAUAUAUACACUAAUCAACCUGAAAUUUUAUCAUAUGAUGAACACGUGAAUAAAUAUAAGGAUGCUCAGAAGUAUAUACCAGACUAUUUGGAAAACUUAGAACUCUUCCCAGAAAUAUGA